AUGCAGACCGGAAGACAGUCCGUCUCUGUUGCCCUUUUGGGGCUGACUACCAUGAUCUUUCUUGCUGGACUGUCCGAGGGAGUGGACAUCCCAGUCAGAUUCGGGCCAGAGACCGCCCGCGCUGACCUCCUGAACAAGGUGUCGGAGAGAGUUUUUUCUCUGGUCGAAACGACUGAAGAUGACGAAAGCGCCUCAAGUAUCGUGAAAGCCGCGUUCAAGAGUGCCCUGAAGCAGGUUCUUACUGCAGUGAAAGGAGAAGUCGAGAAAACAUGCGAGGAACUUGCGGAUCUCGCAGCGGAGAGAAUCCGCGAUGCGGAAAACCGUGGAGAAGAGCAUCAAGAGAAAGAACACGAUGACGUUUCAGAUUUCGUCUUUUUGGAUUCUUCGAAAAAGAGUGAAACGUCUAUCAGACCGCACGGCUUCCUUCAAGAGACGAAGUUCGUGGACACGCUGAAGGCUCUCGCGAAAGGAGCACUGAAGUCUCUCGCUGUUCCCAUGAAAGCUGCAAUUGUUGAAGGCGUAAAGCCAAUGCUCCCGAAACUCAAGAGUACAGCGGUGGAAAUCUUUAAACAGGCGUGUCAACAGGCGGAAGAGAAGGUCCAGGAAGCAUAG